CUUUAAGAGAGUAAGGAGCGCAUGCGCACUGAAACAAGUGCUCGUGUGCAGCGCAAACCGGACUCGCUUUGAAUAAUAAAAAAAAGAAGAACUUCACGGAAUUAAAUGACUCUGGAUGGAUGUUCAGGCUGAAUAAAGUUCCUGAACCCCGCGCAGGAGUGUCGUUUAACGGCGCGCGUCACGCGGGAGUGAAGGGUCGCGCGCGCGUCCGCCGCAGUUCUCGCGCUGGAUUCGACGUGUUCCCAUAACAACAGCGCGCCGCACUUGACCGGGAUGAGAGCAGACGGAGACCGUGCCUUCAAAGCCACUUGGGUCCUUCAACUUUUCUGCAUCUCUCUCCUGACGUCCUUCGGGAAAGGAGAAGAUGCGUCCUGCCGCGGAGCCUUUGAUUUAUACUUCGUUUUGGAUCGCAAAUGUUCCUGAUCAUUCCAGGUCGGGCAGUGUGUCUGACAACUGGAUGGAGAUCUAUGGGUUUGUGGAACAACUGACUAAUCGUUUUGUAAGCCCGAAAAUGAGAGUGUCUUUUAUAGUGUUUUCCUCCAGUGCAGAAGUAGUCCUGCCUCUCACUGGAGACAGGGCAGCUAUUGAUAAUGGCCUGCAAAGUUUGAGCAAGAUCAGACCCGCCGGUGAUACCUACAUGCACGAGGGGUUAAUAAAGGUACUGGAUCAGAUGACUACCCAGGGCGCAAGAGCCUCCAGCAUCAUUAUUGCACUGACUGAUGGGAAGCUGGAGGUCUAUCUACAUGAUCUUGCCGUGAAAGAGGCCGAUCAGGCGAGACAGUACGGCGCUCGGGUAUACUGUGUUGGUGUGAAGGACUUUGAUGCAAACCAGCUUACAGAUAUUGCAGACAGCAAAGACCAAGUGUUUCCCGUCGUGGAAGGAUUUCAGGCUCUCAGGAACAUUGUCAAUUCGAUUUUAAAGAAAUCCUGCAUAGAGAUUUUUAACCUUGAGCCCUCCAGCAUUUGCGUGAAUGAAACGUUCAACAUCGUCCUUCGGGGAAGAGGGUUCACGCAGGGAAGAACGUCUGAGGCUGUGGUCUGCACAUUAUCUGUUAAUCAACAGGAUCCUUACAACGAGAAGGCGGGUGCAGUGAAGGACGAUUACGUGCUGUGUCCAGCGCCAGUGCUGACCGAGGUCGGAGACUCCCUCGAAGUGCUCAUUAGUCUGAAUAACGGCCAAUCUUUUGUUUCCAGUCCAAUCACAAUAUAUGCCACUACAUGUUCUGAUGGGAAAGUGAUCGUGAUCCUCGUCCUGGUGCUGCUGGUGUUGUUGGGUUUAAUUGUUCUGUGGUGGUUCUGGCCUCUCUGCUGCACGGUGGUGAUCAGAGAUCCACCCCCGUCCCGUCCUCCUCCUCCUCGUCCCGUCCCUGACCCCGAGGAGGACCCUCUGCCGAAGAAGAAAUGGCCUACAGUGGACGCGUCUUAUUAUGGGGGCCGAGGGCCCGGGGGCAUCACGCGGAUGGAGGUUCGCUGGGGGGAGAAGGGCUCUACGGAGGAAGGGACGCGGCUGGCCAAAGCCAAAAACGCCGUGGUCAGAAUGCCUGAGGAGGAGUUUGAAGAGCCUGUCAAAAGACCCCCACCCAGACCACCGCCGGUACAUCCGGCCCCCGUCCGAGACAAAUGGUACACGCCCAUUAAAGGGCGGUUUGAUGCCGUGCUGGCGCUGCUGCGUAGACAAUACCACCGAGUCGCUAUCAUGAGACCCACGGCAAGCGACAAGGGGCGCUGCAUCAAAUUCAACAGAGUUCAGACUCACUGACCGAACACCGCGUGUGCUUUACUAUAAAGUACGUUCAGACGAAACGGACUGAUGAUCCACAGCCGCGUGAAGAAGUGUACUUCUGAAUUUUAAUUCUGACACGUUUGAAUCUAGCCUGCUGACUUUGUUUCUGCGUGAAUGUGGUUGAAUUUAAUGCUUUUAUAACCUUUUUUGUAGUUACCAACCGAUACAGUGCCUUCUUGAACGGGUUUGUCUGAGAAAGAAAAUGUAAAUUAUUACUUUUAAUUCCAUUAUUGUUUGCAAAGAUGUCGAUUGUCUAGUACAUUCGUGGAGGUGUGUAUUUAAUUAUUCGUCCUUAUAUUUAUUUAUGAGACUUUGAUUUAAUCAAUAGAUCACGUGCGCAAUAGAUACAUGUUCAUGAAGUAAAUGGCAUAUAAAUCCAAUAAAAGAAAUUAUAAUAAUUCGCUUGUUCUCUUAGAAUGUUUGUGGGAACAAAAUUAACAGUAAUAUUAAAAAAUAUAAUAAGAAUAAUAAUAAGAAGAAAAAUUUAAAUUGGCAUUAAAUUCAAUAAAAGUGACAGUUAUGACUUUCUUUUCAUCAAAGAAUCCUGAAAUGUAAUUAUUUCUACAAAAAUAUUAAAGCAGUUACGUAAUAAUAAUAAGAAGAAGAACGGUUAUAUUUUAGUUAUUGAGAAUAUUGGAAUAAUUUCUGAAGGAUAGUGAGACUUUUCUUUGCAGGUACAUUACAUUCAUCAGUUGUUUGUUAUUGAAGUAAGUGGCAUGCAAGUACAUAACACAGAAUUAUAGUGCUUCACUGUGAUUUAUGAUGCAAACAAGCCUGUAUUAAAACGUAAAAUUAUUUUAUUUUAUUUUUUUACAAUGAUCAAUAAAUUCUUGCCGAGAUUC